AUGGCGGUGGACUCGGACAUGCACAAUGGAGAAACCAAACAAACCGACGGCGUCUCUCUUCAGCUUGAAGUACUCGAUCGCCGUCUUGUGAGGCGAUGUGACAUGGAAGUCAUGAAGAUGGCCAUGCUCAAGCAUGAAGAGACCUUCAGGCAACAGGUUCAUGAGCUGCAUCGCCUUUACCGCAUCCAGACGCAGCUCAUGGCCGGCGACCUUAGCACGCGCCGGCAGCAUCGGAGGCGCGGCAGCAAGCAGCCUCGGAGGGCGCUGAACCUGCAGCUCCCUGCCGACGAGUACAUCGUCGGGACCGGCGACGAGGACUACGAGGGCUGCGGAACGGAGCUAGAGCUGACGCUCGCCGUCGGCGGGACGACCGGCACCGCCUGCAAGAACAAGGUGAGCAAGCGAGCAGAAGCACACUACAACGUGGGAGGCGGAGGUUUCUCCUCCCCCUUCGCGUCCGACGGCUCCGGCGGUACGAGCCUCUCGUCGUCGCCGCCGUCUUCGAUCGAGUACUCCGAGGGCGCCGCCGGAGUCGCCUUCCACGGCUACGUGGCGCCGCCGCCGCCGUGCCAGAGGGCGAUGGCGUUCGACCUCGGCGUGGCGGAGGCGAUGAAGCAGCACCAGUCGCCGUGGCAGCUGGUGCAGUGCCAGUACCUCAGCCUUAGGAUGACAUGA